CUGUACAGUAGAUCAGAUAACUAGUGAAAUGAAUUCCAGUUGAGAAGAUCUGAUGCGUAUAAACCAAAUAAAUGAAUUAAUAUCUGGUAUUCGACGAGUUGUUCAAGGGAAUGUUGACUUUCGGAUAGUUUACUGGACUGCAGCCGUUAUCAAUUUCAUUAGCUUACAUUUCUUAAGAGCAUUUAUAAUGUCCACUGAUUGUUCCUCAGAAUACGACCAAUUAGAAUGCAAAUCUGUUGUAUCAACAGACGUUUGUAUGAGAACAGAUAAUCAAAUAGUUGAAAAACUCGUCCCAAAUAUGACAAAUCCAUAUAAUGAAAUGAAACACCCAGGAUUAACGCCUUCAAUAACGGCUUAUCGAUGGAUUACAUCGCAACCAAUUUUAACAAAAAGUGUAUUUAGUAAAAUUGAAUCUGCAACUAUGGCACAAUGGCUAAGUGUUAGUACAACAGAUGAUUGGUUAAUGCAUAUCCCGAAAUGUUCAAUAGAAAGAUAUGAUAAGAAUUCUUUUAAGAAGUGGAAAGCUGAUUAUCUAAAACAACCACGUUCACUUGAUCAAAACAGAUUCACUACAUUAUAUUCAACUAGUUAUGAAGCCAAGCAGUUGGAUGAGCGAACAAAGAGUAGGCCUACAUCUGCUAAUCGCCGAAAUAAGCCACAGCCGUCAAGACUCUUCCUUACUUUUCAUUUACAUAAAUUGCCUAAAAACCAAGAAAAGGAUACACGAAAAGAGAUAUGAACUACUAUUCAAAUAAAUUCAUUUCACGGCAAAUUUAUGGUCAUUUCACACGCACAAAUCACAGAUUCUGUCCACUAAAUUUUGCUAACACGAUAUAACAUCUAAUUCCAAAUAGUUUGCUAAUGAUUCUAUCGAUUUAUACAAAAAAUUAUUUGCUGACAUAACAAGAAUUUACCAAUCUAUUCACGUAUAAAUCCACCAGUUAUUUUUUCCCACAUUCCACCCUUUUUAAUAUCCUACUAAUCAAAAUUAAUGUAGUGAAAAAUGAAAUACCCAUGUAACUAUUAGAAAAUGUUUUGUGAUAAAUGUUCUGUUUGUAGUUCUAUAAAAUUAGUUAUACUAAAAUUUAC